UACAAUUGACAUGUGCAUUCUUAGAAGAAUGGAUAAGAGAAGACAAAGAAGACAAGAAAACUUAUUAAAAAUUGCCAUUCUUCCCCUUAGAGAACAUAUUAAAGAUACUUAGCUAGGAAACAAGGGUGGCACAAAUUCCAUUUUUGUUUGUUCAUUUUAAUGUAUAGAAUGAGGAAUAUGCUGGGGACCAGAGGCCAUAUUCCGGUGCUGUUUAUGGUGGUGCUGUUCUCAUUUGUGUAUUGUCCAGUGAGGGCAACAGUUUCUUAUGAUGGGAAAGGUUUCAUCAUCAAUGGGGUGAGGAGGAUUCUCAUCUCUGGCUCUAUUCACUAUCCAAGAAGCUCCCCUGAGAUGUGGCCUGAUCUUUUACAGAAGGCUAAAGAUGGAGGGUUGGAUGUUAUACAGACUUAUGUUUUUUGGAAUGGACAUGAACCCUCUCCUGGAAAGUAUAAUUUUGAGGGGAGAUAUGAUUUGGUAAAGUUCAUCAAACUGGUGCAACAAGCAGGCCUCUUUGUUCAUCUCCGGAUUGGCCCCUACAUUUGUGCAGAAUGGAACUUUGGGGGAUUCCCUGUCUGGCUAAAAUACAUUCCAGGAAUGGAAUUUAGAACAGAUAAUCAACCUUUUAAGGAGGCUAUGCAAGGCUUCGUUGAAUUAAUCGUGGAUCUGCUCAAGUUAGAAAAGUUAUUUGAGCCUCAGGGUGGACCGAUUAUCAUGAGUCAGAUUGAAAAUGAGUUUGGUCCUGUGGAGUGGGAAAUUGGUGAUCCUGGUAAAGCAUAUACGAAAUGGAUGACGCAAAUGGCUAUAGGACUAAACACUGGUGUUCCCUGGAUCAUGUGUAAACAAGAGGACGCUCCCGAUCCUAUUAUAGAUACUUGCAAUGGAUUCUACUGUGAGAACUUUCAUCCAAACAAACCUUAUAAGCCCAAAAUGUUUACAGAAGUCUGGACUGGAUGGUAUACACAGUUCGGUGGACCAGUUCCUCGGAGGCCUGCAGAAGACUUGGCAUUUGCAGUUACUCGGUUUGUUCAGAAUAAUGGCUCGUUUUUCAACUAUUACAUGUAUCAUGGCGGGACAAAUUUUGGAAGGACAGGUGCCGGUCUUUUCGUUGCUACUAGCUAUGACUAUGAUGCUCCACUAGAUGAAUAUGGCCUCGUGAACGAACCAAAAUAUGGGCAUUUAAGUGGCCUGCAUCGAGCAAUCAAGCUAGCUGAACCAGCUUUAGUUUCAUCGUAUCCUAUCGUUACCUGGCCUGGCAAAAACCAAGAGGUUCAUGUCUUUAGAUCAGAAACCGGGGCUUGUGCUGCGUUUCUUUCCAAUUAUGACCCCCAAUUUUCUGCAAAAGUAACGUUUUUGAAUCUGCAAUAUGAUCUCCCCCCUUGGUCAAUUAGUAUUUUACCUGACUGCAAGAAUGUUGUUUACAACACAGCAACUGUUAGGUCUCCGAGCUUACAGACGAAUAUGAUUCCAGUCGGGAGUGGAUUCUCGUGGCAAUCAUACACCGAAGAGAUUGCAUCUUCUGAUGACAGUGACACAGUUGCAGCAGCUGAUGGAAUGUGGGAGCAAAUAAACGUCACCCGAGAUUCAUCAGACUAUCUGUGGUACAUGACAGAGGUGAACAUUGCACCAGAUGAAGAGUUCCUGAGGAACGGGAAGGACCCUGUCGUUACUGUUAUGUCUGCUGGUCACGCGUUGCACAUUUUCAUUAACAGUGAAUUAUCAGGUACUCGGGCUACAACGCUUUUAAGACCACGAUUCUCUUGUCUGCCAUCGUGUUUGAAAUUUUCAGGCCGUGUAAUAGGAACUGUAUAUGGUGGAUUGGCAUUUCCAAAGCUAACAUACAGUAACAGUGUAAAACUCAGAGCUGGAAUUAACAAGAUUUCUCUGCUUAGCGUUGCUGUUGGUCUCCCGAACGUUGGCCUGCAUUUCGAGAAGUGGAACGCUGGAGUUCUCGGGCCAGUCUCAUUGAGCGGGCUCAACGAGGGCACGAGAGACUUGACAAACCAGACAUGGUUUUAUAAGGUUGGUAUGAAAGGCGAAUUGUUAAGUCUUAACACUGUAACUGGAAGCUCCUCGGUAGAAUGGGAAGACGGUCCACUUCUGGCUUCCAAACAACCCUUAACAUGGUACAAGGCCACAUUUGAUGCCCCAGAAGGAAACGAUCCCCUAGCGCUAGACAUGAGCAGUAUGGGGAAAGGCGAAAUAUGGGUAAAUGGCGAAGGAGUGGGGCGCCACUGGCCCGGAUACACAGCACAGGGAAGCUGCAGUUCUGAGUGUAACUAUGCUGGUACUUACAAUCAGAAGAAAUGCCAGGUGAAUUGUGGGCAACCUUCUCAGAGAUGGUAUCAUGUCCCGCGAUCAUGGCUGAAAUCGAGUGGGAAUUUCUUGGUUGUGUUUGAAGAAUGGGGUGGUGAUCCAGACAGGAUUUCUAUGGUUAGAAGAACUAACAACUAACUCAUUUGCCUCUCUGAAAUCUUGAAUCUCAGAAUGAGAUAACACAAGGCUGCUGAAUCAUAUGAAUAUGUUCUGGCUCUAAUGUGUACCAUGUUAUGUUUCAUAA